UCAAGUGCAAUGGAGGACAAACGCAAUAUCCAGAUCAUCGAGUGGGAGCACCUGGACAAGAAGAAGUUCUAUGUGUUUGGUGUGGCCAUGACAAUGAUGAUCCGUGUCAGUGUCUAUCCAUUUACCCUCAUCCGUACGCGGCUCCAGGUUCAGAAGGGAAAGAGCCUGUACCAUGGAACCUUUGAUGCUUUUAUCAAGAUCCUGCGAGCAGAUGGUGUGACGGGCCUGUACCGGGGCUUCCUGGUCAAUACCUUCACCCUUAUCUCUGGCCAGUGUUAUGUCACCACCUAUGAGCUCACCCGGAAAUUUGUAGCUGACUACAGUCAGAGCAACACAGUCAAAUCACUGGUGGCGGGGGGCUCUGCCUCCCUUGUGGCCCAAAGCAUCACUGUGCCCAUCGACGUGGUAUCCCAGCACCUCAUGAUGCAGCGCAAGGGUGAGAAAGUGGGCCGCUUCCAGGUGCGUGGGAACCUAGAAGGACACGGGGUUGUUGCCUUUGGCCAGACUAAGGACAUCAUCAGGCAGAUCCUGCGGGCCGAUGGGCUUCGCGGCUUCUACCGAGGCUAUGUGGCUUCACUGCUUACCUAUAUCCCAAACAGUGCUGUCUGGUGGCCCUUUUAUCACUUCUAUGCAGAGCAGCUCUCGCACCUGUGCCCUAAGGAGUGCCCUCACAUCAUCCUUCAAGCCAUCUCCGGGCCCCUGGCUGCGGCCACUGCCUCCAUCCUCACCAACCCCAUGGAUGUCAUCAGGACCCGUGUGCAGGUUGAAGGCAAGAGCUCCAUCAUACUGACUUUCAGACAGCUGAUGGCAGAAGAGGGGCCUUGGGGCCUCAUGAAGGGUCUCUCAUCUUCCAUCCUUUCCCACAAUGACAAGUGA